CGAUUUUCUGUGGAACACAAAUUUCUGUUAGAGAUCGAGCUUGUUUUACCAUUAUAUUGGAUAAUUUCUGAAUACUUCGUUCGAUCGAGCUUGUCUGGACAGAAAUGGCGAAUUUUUGAGCGUGUUGAGUAGAAACAACGAGUUUCCAGCAUAUUCCCGCAGAUUCUGAGGCAUUUCCUGUGGUCCCUAUCAGUGGAAACAUAGACUAGAAGCUUCACCGGUGUUCAAGGUACGGAUCAACGGCGGCAGAUAUGGUUCUUGAAACAUCAGUUUCUUAUUUACUUCAUCGGCGUUAAAGAUCUAACAGCUUUGUGCAUUUAAGGCGAGCGUUUAAAGUUAUAAUUCCGGGAGUGGGAGCGGAACAGACUGACACGAAGUCAUUUAUACUGUUUAAUGAGCUGUUUCAGCCGCACCUGAGUUAAAUAGCUCUCCCAUUCGUCGUUAAGCAUAUCCAUAAGCAAUUAAUAGGGAUUGGUAUAAUAACGAGCUCUAUGCUUUACGGGUUGCUUAUGGAGACCACAGGGUUGGGGGGUAAAAUACCUGGAGUGAUGUAGACAUCUGAGUACGGAAUCUGUAUGGUUGGUGAAGAUUAAAAGCUCACGGUCAAAUUGCCUUUGACACAGGAUUUCUCCAUCUGGUUUGUAUGGGGUGAAAAAUUCUCUCUCAAUACAGGAGUGAGUGGGUUGUUUUGGAGAGAUUGAUCUGGCGGUUUGGUUCGGAGACCUUCUCUACUGUCGAAUAGAACAGGAUCACCUCUUUCGUGUCUUCUUUCUGGCAAGACUGUGUUGUAGAUAGACUGCUUGUGAGGAUCUUAUAUUGGAGUUUCAUGGCAAUGGCUUCAUUAAAUCAUUCCUCUGAAGGACCCAACUCAGGGGCCUCUGCUGAUAUUUUAUACAAGGAACUCUGGCAUGCCUGUGCUGGCCCUUUGGUCACUGUACCUCGGGAGGGAGAACGGGUUUACUACUUCCCCCAAGGUCAUAUGGAACAGCUUGAGGCAUCAACACACCAAGGUCUGGACCAGGAGAUGCCAUCAUUCAAUCUGCCAUCAAAAAUCCUAUGCAAAGUAGUUCAUGUGCACCUCAGGGCAGAGCCAGAAACUGAUGAGGUUUAUGCACAGAUCACUCUACUCCCUGAACACGAUCAAAGUGAGGUUACCAAGCCUGAUCCUCCACUUCCAGAACCUCCAAGGUAUACGGUUCAUUCGUUUUGCAAGACACUUACUGCUUCUGACACAAGCACCCAUGGGGGAUUCUCUGUUCUUAGAAGGCAUGCUGAUGAUUGCCUACCACCAUUGGAUAUGUCCCAGCAUCCACCUUGGCAAGAAUUGGUUGCCACAGAUCUGCAUGGAAAUGAAUGGCAUUUUCGUCAUAUUUUCCGAGGGCAACCUCGGCGUCACUUACUAACAACUGGAUGGAGUGUCUUUGUCAGUUCCAAGAGACUGGUAGCGGGUGAUGCAUUUAUAUUCCUUAGAGGUGAGAAUGGAGAGCUGCGUGUUGGAGUAAGGAGGCUCAUGAGGCUGCUGAAUAAUAUGCCAUCGUCUGUUAUUUCCAGUCACAGCAUGCAUCUUGGGGUACUUGCCACUGCAUCUCAUGCCACAACAACUGAAACCCUCUUCUCUGUUUUCUAUAAGCCAAGGACAAGUCGUUCUGAGUUUAUCAUUAGUGUCAACAAGUACCUUGAAGCACAGAAACACAAGUUAUCUGUUGGGAUGCGGUUUAAAAUGAGAUUUGAGGGUGAGGAAGCUCCUGAAAGAAGGUUCAGUGGUACUAUUGUUGGUGUUGGAGAGGCUGCAUCUUCUUGUUGGGCAGAUUCUGAGUGGAGAUCGUUGAAGGUUCAAUGGGACGAACCAUCAUCAAUCCCACGUCCGGAUAAAGUUUCACCAUGGGAAUUGGAGCCAUUAGUGGCAGCUGCUCCUUCGAACUCCCAACCAGUGCAUAGGAACAAACGUGCACGACCCCCGGUUUUACCUUCACCAACUCCUGAUAUUUCAGUAUUUGGUAUGUGGAAACCCAAUGUUGAGUCUCCAUCGACUUUCUCGUAUUCUGGCUUACAAAAUGGGCGAGACCUGUAUCCAUCGCCCAAUUCUGUUCCCCUCUUUUCCUCCAUCACAAAGGCAGGCUCUCUUGGAUUCAACGGAAAUAAUUCUCAGGCUGCAGUUUCCGGCAAUCCAAUGUACUGGCCUAACCAUGCAGAAAUUCCAACCGAUUCCUUGACUGCAACUGUUAAUAGAGCAUCUGGAGAAAAGCGACCAGAAAGUGGUAGUGGUUACCGGCUGUUUGGGAUCCAGUUGGUUGGCAAUUCUACUUUGGAGGAGGCUUCACCAGUGGUAACUUUGGCUGGUGGAGUGGGGGAAGAUCAACCAGCUCCAUCCAUGGAUGCAGACUCUGAUCGGCAAUCUCAGCCAUCAAAUAUCAAUUGUUUUGAUAUGCCUCCAGUGAGCAGUGAGCCUGAGAAAUCAUGCUUGAGAUCUCCACAGGAAAUGCAAAGCAGGCAAACUCGGAGUUGCACCAAGGUUCACAUGCAAGGAAUGGCUGUUGGGAGAGCUAUCGACUUGACACGAUUAGACUGUUAUGAAGACCUGGUGAGGAAACUUGAGGAGAUGUUUAGCAUUGAAGGUGAAUUAUCUGGACCCAUAAAGAAAUGGCAAGUUGUGUACACGGAUGAUGAGGAUGACAUGAUGAUGGUUGGGGAUGACCCUUGGCAUGAGUUCUGUAGCAUGGUGAGGAAGAUUUUUAUUUACACGGCGGAUGAGGUGAAGAAAUUAUUGCCAAAGACAAAGCUUCCGGUUAAUGGCGAGGCUAAAUCGGGAAUCCAAGACUCUGAAGUGGCAGUUAACGGCACUGAAGAUCAAUCGCCCCUUAUUGGGCCAAAUUCCUGACGUGUUACUCGUUUGUCAUGAAGCAGAAAGUGUGUAUUCAAAAGGUAUAAAAAAAGGUGGAGGGA